AUGGAGGCUAUUGUUUCAUCCAGCAAGAUCCAUGCAGUAGAACAUUUGCUGAGCCUCAAGAGCUACUCUCUCCCUCAAAUCCUCCUUGCCCAUCCCGUCAAGUGUCACCCCGACUACACCUCGAUCUGCAAGGAAUCGGACGAAUGGAUCUUCAGCUACCUCGGCGUCACAAGCCCGGAACACAAGAAGCGCUUAGCGCAAUGGAGGGUCCCAAUCUUCGCCGCCUUCCUGACGCCCCCCAGCAGCCCCAAGAGGCGCACGCUUUUGGGCGGCAAAUUUACGUGGCUGAUCACUGCGCUGGAUGAUCAGCUGGACGAGAGCAAGAUCUCCCAAGCUGGGCGGAGCUGCCAGUACAGGGACGCCAUCUUGAGCAUUUUCUCCGGCAGAAGCGAUUACCCGGCCAUACUCCCGGCGGAGGUUCCUCUUCUCAGAGCCUGCGAGGAGCUCAUGCCGGAAAUCCGCUCCUUCAUGCUUCCGCCCACUCUCAAUCGCUUCCUUGCUUACACCAAGCAGUGGUCGCAGACUUUCGAUGUUGCCUAUGAGAGCACACAAGUGUUCAAGGAGCUAAGGAGGGACAACGUUUGGAUCACCGCAUACUUCCCGAUGAUCGAGAUGUUCCUGGGAUUGGGUCUUGGGGACGAUGUGGCCGGGUCCAAGGAUUUCCUCGCCGCUCAGGACGCAAUAUCGGACCAUGCCUGGAUGGUGAACGACCUCUUCUCUUUCGCCAAAGAGUUCCGGGACGAGAAAAAGCUCAGUAACAUUCUGUCCGUGAGCUUGCUCAUGGAUUCGUGCGUGCACACCAUCCAGGACGCCAUUGAUCUUCUGUGUACCGAGUUGCAAGCAAAGGAGGAGGAGUUUCUCUACUACCACGGGAUCCUUGUCAAGCGAGCCCAAGCAGGGAACAACCAAGAUCUCUUAAGGUACCUAGAGGCAAUCCUUGCCGUGAUCCCAGGUAAUUUACACUUUCACUACAUAACGGCGCGUUACCACGGAUACAAUAAUCCAUGUGUAAAUGGAGAAGCAUGGCAUGGUAAAGUUAUAUUGCAACCAAAUACUCUCGGGCCACCACCAAAGCCACAUCCAUACCUCUAUGACAUAUAAAAUGAAUUGUAUGCGUUUUCGUAAAAAACAAAAAUAAGUCGAGUAUACUCAAGGAUCGUAUUUAGGACUCAUUUGCUCUGGGUCUGUGGCACAGAAAGCUGGCGAAGUUUCCACCUCCUCUGCAGACUCGAGAAAAUGCAUGU